AUUACCGUGAGUUACCAUUCACACUGUGCCAGUACAUUGUCAGUCCAGUUUUCGAGCGCUACUGGCAAAUGUGCGAACCGCGCUCAGCUAUGACGCGCUAACUGAGGAACAUAUAAAACUUGUUUCAACCGAAACAUUUUCAGUUGAUUUGAAACGAAGUCGUGAGAUGAACGCUCGCGUUUUAUGUCCACGCUCGUAUUUUAUUACGAUUUUUUUCGUAUAGUUUUAAAGUACACUCCGUAGAUAUUUCAAAAUGUAUUAUUUACUGGGAUCUGUGUUUAUUUUAAUGUUUAGUUGUGUUACUUGUGUGAAAGUUGAAGACACGUUGUGUUGUAUUCCCGGACUGUAUCUAUAUCAAGAUGAAAGCGGUGCUUUCAGCUGCUGGGAUUCUGAAAUCAAAAAUGAUACGUACAUUGAAUACGAGCUAGUUUGCACAAGCGAUAUAGAAUUUGUAUCGGAGGAUGAUAAGACGUCAUUUUCUGUCAGAGAUGACGGCUAUUUACUUGUAAAUGUACCAAAUGAUCAAAUCGAGAUUAAACCUAAAACUUUCUGCCUGUCCAACUACACGAAGGAUACAAACGAGUCCUCGUUAGCGGCGGCGGUUGUCUCCGUGCUGGCGUGCAGGCCGGUGCCGGAUGAGCCGCUCGUCAGCCACAAGGUGUUGGCAUAUUGCUUGCUGGUGUCAGUCGUCUUCUUAUUUCUUACUGCCCUCGUGUAUACCGCAUUACCGGAGAUUAGGGAUUUGAACGGGAAGAGUUACAUUAACUUCUGCAUAUCUCUUGCGCUGGGUUUACUUUUCUUGGCAAUCGAAAAACUUUUAACUUCUUACGUUGAUAUGGAUCUCUGCGCUACAAGAGGUUUUUUGAUGUACUUCUUCACCAUGGCUAGUUUUUUCUGGAGCAAUGCCAUCUCCAUUCAGAUGCUACGUUUUACGAGACGUCCAAUAACAGUAGAUUACGGAUGGAAGGAGUUUGCCUGGUACGCUUUAUACGCGUGGGGAUCGAGCUCUGUGCUAACCAUAGCCAUGGCCAUUGUCAACUUUGUGCCGGGUAAUCACCAGAAACCUGGUAUUGGACUGAGAUUCUGCUGGUUUUUUAACAAGAAGCAGCAAUGGUACUACAUGUAUAGCGUGAUGGCGAUCCUCAUCUCCGCCAACAUCUGCAUCUUCGUGUACACCUCCGUAAUACUCUGGCGGCACAAGUUCUCUUCCACGCACCUCAAGGCGUACAGAUACAGAUUUGGCGUUAUCGUAAAAUCGUUUAUUAUAAUGGGAAUUCCUUGGAUAUUUGAGAUGAUAAGUUCACUGAUAGAAGCAAACAUUGUAUGGGUGAUAAUGGACUUAGUAAACGCGAUGCAAGGUCCGCUUAUCUUCCUUGUGCUGGUGGUGCUGCGGAAACGUGUGGUGAAGGCGCUGCUGCGGCGCGGCGUGUUCUGCUGCCUCGCGCCACACGUGGAGCGCUAUCUCGCACUCGCAGACGACGAAGAGGAUGUCAUACAACACACCAUGGAUUUGACCAUGGACGAGAAAAAUGCCAACCUAUCCUAACACGGAAAGAGCUGAUGUCUCAAGAUUUUUAUAAAGUUACUGUUUACCAAACAAGAGCAGCAUACUAUUAUUGUAACUCGCAUUUUUAGCUAUUUAACUUUUCUCGCUAUCGAUUCUAGUCCUUACCAAUAUUAUAAAUGCGAAAAUUCGUAUGGAUGACAGAUGGAUGGAUGUUUGUUAGAGUUUGUAGCCUAAACCGCUGA